GAAGUCGCUCAGAGUCAGGCAAGGCUUGCCAGUCGCAUUCCCCGCCUCUUGGCGAGGCUGGUGAGGAGACCCCGGAAAAGAGGCGCUGGCUCUCUCCGCGGGCUUCGGGGCGAACCGUCCCCCCCUUGCUUUCUCUCCCUCUCGCAAUCAUCGAUCACUGAACAUUAGUCACAACCACCUCUUCCUCGCGCCAUAAAAGGAAGGGGAGUGCAAAAAUUCAUACACACAGAAGAAGGGCAGGAUUAGAGGGCGAGAAGAAGCGAGCAAGCCAACAGGGACCGAAAGGCGCGCCCCCAAAGUUUUUUCUCUCGCUCUCUCUCGUUCUUUUCUUCUUUUGACAGCCCGCGGCUCGCCGAGCUCUUCGGGUCGCGAUUGGCGGUUCCGCGUGACAGUCACUACUACUUUUCCAGCGAGAAAGAAGCAACAAGCGGCCGGAGCGGCUGCGAUCGGCCGAGGGAAGGCACGGCUGCCCUUCAACGCGCGCGUGGGGAUCUGUCUGCCAGCGCAGCCAGCUAACUACCUAGCGCCGCGCUUUCCGCAGCGUCCGUCUAUUGUUGCCCGGCGGGACUCGACUCGACUCGAGGGGGCCCUGCGGAGAUUCGUUUUCUUCCCCCUCCGCCGCCGCCGGGAUUUGUCCAGAGUUUGCAUCAACUCCUCCUUUGUCCUCGGCUCCAUGCCGAGUUGAUCCCUCCCUCCUGCCCUCCCGCGCUCGCUGCCUCUCUGCAAGAAAGGGAACACCGGCGGUUUGCGAAGAGGACGAGGGGAAUGGGGGGCCAGAGGAGGCCGAGCGAGGCCGGGCGGCGGAUCGGGCUGGGCAGCGGCGGCGGCGGCUGCUCCUUGGAGCCGCUGGCUUGGCGUUUGCUGAUGCCCUUGCUGUUGAUUUUGCUGCUGCCGCCGCCUGCGGCUCACGCUCAAGAGGAGCCUUCGUGCAAGGGAGCCUUCGAUCUGUAUUUCGUCCUGGACAAAUCAGGGAGUGUCACGGACAAUUGGGUUCAAAUUGUUGACUUCGUGAAGCAGCUGACAGACAGAUUUGUGAGUGACAAGAUGAGACUAUCCUUCAUAGUGUUUUCCAUGCAAGCAAAGGUCAUUCUACCAUUAACGCAAGACAGAAACCAAAUCCAGAGAGGCCUUGAGGAGUUACGGAAUGUUAAGCCAGGAGGUGAAACGUACAUGCAUGAAGGAAUAAAAGAAGCAAAUAAACAAAUCCAGGAGGCUGGAGGCUUGAAGUCAAACAGCAUCAUCAUCGCUCUGACAGAUGGAAAAUUGGAAGGUUUGAUACCGCAAUAUGCAGAAAAAGAGGCAAAUCUUGCCAGAGAUUUGGGAGCAAGAGUUUAUUGUGUCGGAGUCCUCAAUUUCAACCAGGAACAGCUUGAAAGUAUAGCUGAUUCGAAAGAGCAAGUCUUCCCAGUCAAGGAAGGAUUUGCAGCCCUCCGAGGGAUAAUUAAUUCUAUAUUGAAGCAGUCAUGCACAGAGAUUUUAUAUCUGGAGCCCUCAAGCGUUUGUGUAGGAGAGGAGUUUCAAGUUGUGCUACGAGGACAUGGCUUCAUGUUGGGAAGGAGACACAGCAGUGUCGUCUGUACCUACACUAUAAAUGGCACAAUAAUUCAUGAAAAGCCUAAAGAGGUGCAGUCUGAUUUUAUGCUCUGCCCAGCACCCAUUCUCCAUGAAGUUGGCCAAACGCUGGAUGUUUUCGUCAGUUUGAAUCAAGGGCAGACCCCCAUCGCCAGCUCUUUAAUAAUUACUGCAACAGACUGUGCAAAUGGUAUCGCUGCACUUAUAGCUAUCCUUGUAUUGUUACUCUUGCUGGGCCUUGUUCUCCUAUGGUGGUUCUGGCCUCUGUGUUGUAAAGUGGUCAUUAAGGAUCCUCCUCCCCGGAUACAGCCAUCAGCUGCAAUAGAGGAUGAAGAUGAUUCUUUGCCUCAAAAGAAAUGGCCAACGGUGGAUGCUUCCUAUUAUGGUGGACGAGGAGUUGGAGGAAUUAAAAGAAUGGAGGUCCGCUGGGGUGAUAAAGGAUCGACCGAAGAAGGUGCGCGGCUAGAGAAAGCCAAAAAUGCUGUGGUGAAACUCCCUGAUGAGCCCGAAGAGCCAUUUCAACCUAGACCUCCAAGACCCAAGCCUACUACCUCAUUGACUGCUCAGGAAAAGUGGUACACGCCUAUUAAGGGUCGGCUCGAUGCACUGUGGGCUUUGCUGAGGCGGCAGUAUGACAGAGUGUCUUUGAUGCGACCGCAGCAAGGAGAUGAGGGCCGAUGCAUGAACUUCACCCGAGUUUAGUCUCAGUAAAGGAAGGCAACAAGAAUGAAAAGCUAUCACUUUUGUAAUGUAACCAAAGAACGACAAUGAAGCACUUACACAAAAAUCCUCAGAACACCUUCCCCUCUCAGCCUGGAAGAUUUGCUCUGUUUGAUUCCACUGCAACCCACAUGAUGCUGCUCUAAGCUCUUGCGUCCAUCAUUUCCUUCUAAGCUUGUUACCUCAUGCAGUAUUCAUUACAAUAUUAUAUGAUUUAGGGACAUAGGAAGCUGCCUAAUGCCGAGUCAGACCAUUGGUCCAUCUAGCUCAGUAUUAUCUACACUGACUGGCCGGAUUCCAGGCAGGAGCCUCCCCUAGCCCUACCUGGAGAUGCCAGGGAUUGAACCCGAGAUCUUCUGCAUGCAGACCACAUGCUCUGCCACUGAGAUGUAACCUGAAGGAUGUUAAAAACGUGUGUGUGCCCAUGUUGCCAACUGAAAAUCCAGUGCAGGAAUCGCAAGCAAAUGACCAAUGACAAUGGCUUUUGUUGUUGCUACUGUAGUUGAACGAUGCUUACUCCAGCCUUUAUGUGCCUCUAGCGGGAGCUGCAUUGCUUCUUGGAUGUGAAGAUGUCAUUUGCUAUUUAAACAGGAAACUAUUUGCCACAGGCAGAAGAGUGAAAUUCCCACCAGGCUUGGAAAAAUGCACGGGUUCAGUGCCUCGCAGCAAUGUCAUGUCACAAAAUCCUUCCAAGUCCCAUCCUUCCGCCACCCAUCGGAUUGUGCCUUAUGAGAACCUUCUGAUGGAAAAUGCUGUCACUUUAACACUGAGGAAUGCACAUGCAUGACAAUAUGUAUAGACACGGUGCCUCAAGGUAUUGGUAGCAUGGAAGAUUUGCCCUUUAGUUUCUGAAGACACCUUUCUUUCAUUUUGUACCCAGGACAGGAAGAAAAAUUAAUAGAGUGUUAUUCUACAGGAAGACAGCCUGUAACCAGAGAUCUUGAGCAGAGAGUGAAGGACUGAUGUGUCAAGGCCCAGGCACUGUGGCUGAUAUUUUUUAUCUCCACCUUUUUGCACUCGGCGCUCAGUAGCACAUAAAAUCAUUAUCCUCUGUAAACAUACCUAGUCAUUUUAGGCUCCUGUAUUAUUACUGUUAUUAUAAGGUUGGGGAAAAAAGAAAUUGCCACAAAGCUGGCAUCUCAGGGUCCUUUUCUCUCUCCCCCCAGCAAAUCUCCAAGGGCUCUUCAGCGUCACAAGCCAGCAACUCUCUUUGCAUGAGAAUUUCAAAGUUUAAUUAAUAUAAUUAAAGGCAACAGCAAGCAGCAGCCUGUGAAGGUUUUGCUCAUCUUUUUUAUGCCUUUUGACAUUGAAUGACCUAUUACUGUAUGCGCAUUACUCAGUUUUUGAGGGGGUACCAUGCCUUGGUGGAGAUUCAGCACUGGGGCCAAAAAGAGAGAAGAGAAGAGGCCUUUCCUUAAUUUAUAAAUUAAAUGUACAGAAGAACCAGCCAUUGGAAAAUGUUGACAAAGUAUGUGUUAUAAUUCAAUUUAAUUUUUUUUUUGGAAAAACCAGUGUUGUGUCACGUCGGUGGUGCCAGAUUAUGUUAGUGUGAGUGGAAACACUGUGGGGAAGGAAGGAGGUAGCAGCUGAAGAAAAAGGCUCAAAUGAUCCAGUCACUUUCGAUACUGUACUUCAGAUGCAAAAUGGAUAUUCGAGUCGAAACCUGACAAAAUGUGCCUACUUUGAUGGGAACCAGUAUAGACAAUGACCAGUGGCUGGGUCAGUGGGAUGUCUCUCUGCGAGCAGGGAGGCUUAUCAAAUGACACUAAAAAUAAGUUCAACCACCAUCACAUUUGAGGGGAAAAGGGUAACAUUUCAUGUUUGGUGGGCAUGCCUGUGCGCAAGACGGAAAAGGGCGAAGGGAUGCGUGCUGGUCUAAUUAUCCCCUUUGUUGCUUUUCAUUGAAAUCUCAAGGGACAUAGAAUAAUUCCCCUUGGUUGAUGGGCAAAUUUGUGGCUCUUCUCAGACAAUUCUUCCACCACAAUGUAGCCUCUUAUUUUCAGCUAGUUCUGGCUUGAGAUUGUUUACAUCACCAGUAGCAUUGCCAACACCCCAUGUGAGUUCACGUGAAUAAAAUCCUUUACCUAA